AUGGGUUUCUUCCAUUGGACAGCAGCAAUUGUUUUCGUGUCAGCAUUUGCAAUUUUAUGGAAGAUCUCUGUCAUUUCAUUUGAGCCAUCUCCCAAUUUGUCUCAGUCCGAGCUGCGGCUGAUGGAAGAUUUGAGCGGCACUGCGACUGUCCGUAAACAAGCCCGUUUGUUCUGGAACGAGUCGUGGGCUGCUACAACAGCACAAAGCUUCGAUGAGCUUGACAAAAGCGAGAUUCACAUGAACUGGUUGUCAUUGUUUCCACCCGCGUGGCACGAUGUGGAGAAAAAGGUCUCCCACUCUGAACAGCGGUCGAUAACCUCAAAAGGACUAUCAGUGUUUCAUCAACUGGAUUGCCUAAUGGAAAUUUUAGACACGUUUCUAGAUUACAACAGUACCAAUGAGUCAAACACCAGCGCAUACACUUACGAAUGCUUCAGCUAUCUACACGCCACACUACUCUGUUGCGGCGAUACUUCCCUAGAAGGGAGCGACAAGUACGCGGCAGCAAGUGGCCGGAACGGAACAUUGGGCAUUGGCUCCACUCACAUUUGUAAAUCUUUUGAGUCGUUCGCUCAAAAAGAAAACACAUUGGCAGGUCACUGA